AUGAAUCAAUUACAUCGAAGGCGUCGACAAGCUGCUGAGCCCUGCAGUUGCUUACGGCCAGUAAUAAGGAUUUUCGGUAUAAUAACGGCCUUUGUUUUACGGCAUUUAUUAAAAUAUCUGCCAGCAUCAGAAAAUUUUAAAAAUGUAGCUAAACAUUCUUUUACUGAGCAUGGAAGUGAACCGCAAAAAUGUAAGGCAUUUUUAUGCCGUAGUGAAUGUUUUAAUGUAUCUGAUCUGAUUGCUGAUGAUUUGGAUCCAGUCGGUCAAUCGAACUAUCAAAUUGUUUUAUCGUUAACAUAUAUAUUGAUCGCAGUGGGUAAGGCUCUUGAUAUAAAAGCUUGUCUAGUUAAGGUAUUGGAAGAAAUUGCUUCAAGUGGUUGGAGUGACUGCUUAGAUAAACGUCAAGUUUGGAAUCAAAAGCGUCCACCUUGGUUAGAAGCUAUUAUGCAUUUUGUAUAUCCGGUAUUGGACUGUGUAGUUGAUAUGUUAAUUAAUGCCGUUGAAGCAGGUGCAAGCAUGUAUCAGGCAAUGUCUUUAGCACUUACUUGUGUUUCCGAAAUGUGGGACUGUAUACCAGAGGGUCUUUACAAAAUCACAUCAUUAUUACAAGAUAUAAUACCAGUUUCUACAAAACCACUAGGUGAUUCUGUGUUGUUACAAUCAGUAUUUGCUGCUUUGUAUACAGAGCUUAUUAAAUCUGCAGAAUCAUAUGAAAAGGAGAAAAACGAUGCAAAAUCAUCGAUUUGUUACUCACUUUCUGAAGCUAUUUGUUCUGUAGAUGAAGAUGAUAAGCAUACAGAUCAGAUUGAUUUGUUUUUAAAGCAAGCUAGUGAAAGUAUUACACUGGAUACAGAUUAUGGAUUUGGUGCUUGUGGUCGUAGUGCAGGCGGUUUAAGUGCUGUUAGUACGAUAAAAAUUGAUGAUUUAGGUACUGCAGAUUCAGAUCGUCUUAGCCAUAGUCCACCUGCAAAUUAUGCUAUGGAACUUGAUGUUGGUACAGCCGACUAUAUAGCUGAACUGUUGGCUAGCGAUGUGUUAACAACGGAUAUCGGUAAACAAGCUUUAAAGGUUUGUUAUAAUUAUUUAAAAAAUAAUAAAGAAUGGCUUAUGGAACAAUUGGGCACAAGUGAAAAUGAUCCCAGUCCAUUUCAAGGCAUACAGGGACAAAAUAUAAAAGAAACUAAACAAUCUGUACUAAAAACUAUGUUCUUUAUAGGAAACACACCUUUUGAUCAGCUUUUAACAGGAUCUCUAAAAAUCGAUUAUGUGACAUGGUUACAAACUCCAUUAUCAUUGAAUCCUGAACGAACUUGGCUGCAUUUGGCUAGACGUUGUGAUUUUCAAGAGGAUGCCAAACUUUCAAUGCCGGAAGUGGCCAUGGUGGCAGGAAUUACGAAAAUUAUGAAGCGAAGAAAAGAAUUUUGUAAAUAA